GUAGGAUCAGAUAGGGCCAAGUAGUGGAAACGGGUGUAGGGUUAGUUGAGGGGGGCAAUUUUUCUACGAAGUUUAAUAUAGUCACACUCUGGAACAGUAGGUGUAAACAGCGCUAUACGAUGAAUUGAUGAAUAGGGAGGCCGUGGCCAGCAUCACACGCCAGUACAGUAGGUGGUGGUGUAUAGACCUCACGGUUGCGAUCCGCCAAUACAAGUUUAAGAAGAAGAAAAACAUUGCCGUGCUCAACUUUCGCGGUUGCACAACAAAACAACUAUCAAAGGACAAAGAACUUGACAGCUGGUUAUAACUCAAAUUAUCAAUAAGUGGUGACUGAUGGUGAGACUGUGGAGGAACCUUUGAACCGCUCAUCUCAUCCUCCUCAGGCCAGAGUGAUGCCACUUUUCAGAAUGAGACCGCUCUCCUGACACAGGGAGGUUACUCCUUCCCCAACUCGGGCUCUGUCCUCUACCUACCUCACCCCUGACUACUUACCUCACCCCAAGUCAACACCCUAGAGCUUGCUUCCUAACCCAUGAGAAUCCUCCCCUCGAAUUACUACCUCAGCACUUUCCUCUAUGUAAACCUGGUGCUCCCAGACCACCGUCUCCACCCUCCUGAGUCUUUCCCCUCACCAAUUCAUUACACCUUCAUCAACCCCUGAGGGGCAUUUUAAAAAGGCAUUACCAGUGCCUAUUCCCUGUUGUCGGUAAAGUGAUCUGAGCCUUCCCUCUUAUUACCUCACACCCUCCUACUGUGUACUGGCACGCAAAGAUGCGCCGGAACUUUGAGUGGCAGAUGUUUGAGUAACGUCCCCACUCUGUCAAUGUCAGAGACUGGAGGAGAGGGGUGGGACCAGAGUGGGAAUCCCACGUCUGUGUUUGCCUAUGAAGGUCAUCCAGGCCCAGAGGAAGGAGGCAUGAAGAAUGAGGGAGAGAUGCGAAAAGGAGAGGAGGAGGGGCAGGGAAAAGAGGAGGAUGAGGAUUACGACUCGCCUCCAGAGAGGCAGAUCGUGGUGGGCAUCUGCUCCAUGAUGAAGAAGUCCAAGUCCAAGCCCAUGACCCAGAUCAUGGAAAGGCUGUGUAAGUUUGAGUACAUCACCGUGGUCAUCUUCCCCGAGGAGGUCAUCCUCAACGAGCCCGUGGACAAAUGGCCCCUGUGCGACUGCCUCGUCUCCUUCCACUCCAAAGGUACAAACGAACGUUUCCCAUUGGACAAAGCGGUAGAGUACGCCAACCUCAGAAACCCACUUAUCAUCAAUGACCUGAACAUGCAGUACUACAUACAAGACAGGAGGGAGGUGUAUCGUAUCUUGCAGGAGGAGGGGAUUGACCUUCCUCGUUACGCUGUGUUAACCCGAGACCCAGACAGACCUGAAGAAUGUAACCUGGUCGAGGGGGAGGAUCAUGUGGAGGUGAACGGGGAGGUGUUCCCCAAGCCCUUUGUGGAGAAGCCCGUGUGCGCAGAGGACCACAAUGUCUACAUCUACUACCCCACCUCAGCUGGCGGGGGCAGCCAGAGACUCUUCAGAAAGAUAGGGAGCCGCAGCAGUGUGUACUCCCCAGAGAGCUGUGUGAGGAAGACUGGCUCCUACAUAUACGAGGAGUUCAUGCCAACGGACGGCACUGAUGUCAAGGUGUACACAGUGGGUCCUGACUAUGCCCAUGCUGAGGCAAGGAAGUCCCCGGCCCUGGACGGUAAGGUGGAGCGGGACAGCGAGGGGAAGGAGAUCCGCUACCCUGUCAUGCUCACCGCCAUGGAGAAACUGGUGGCCCGCAAGGUCUGCCUGGCCUUCAAGCAAACGGUGUGUGGCUUCGACCUCUUGAGAGCGAAUGGCCACUCAUUCGUCUGUGACGUCAAUGGCUUCAGCUUUGUGAAGAACUCCAUGAAGUACUAUGACGACUGUGCCAAGGUCUUGGGGAACAUGGUGAUGCGAGAGCUGGCCCCUCAGUUCCACAUCCCCUGGUCCAUCCCCAUGGAGGCCGAGGACAUACCUAUAGUCCCCACCACCUCAGGAACCAUGAUGGAGCUGCGCUGUGUCAUCGCCAUCAUCCGCCACGGAGACCGCACCCCCAAACAGAAAAUGAAGAUGGAAGUCAGACACCCUCUGUUCUUUGAGCUGUUUGAGAAGUACGGAGGGUACAAGUCAGGGAAACUGAAGUUGAAGAAGCCCAAACAGCUACAGGAGGUGCUGGACAUUGCCCGGCUCCUACUGGCUGAGUUGGGGCAGCACACGGACUGUGAGAUCGAGGAGAAGAAGGGUAAACUGGAGCAGCUCAAGACUGUCCUGGAGAUGUAUGGGCAUUUCUCAGGCAUCAACAGGAAAGUGCAGCUCACGUACCUGCCCAACGGACAGCCCAAAGCCUCCAGUGAGGAAGAAGAAGGUCCGAAGGAGGGUCCGUCUCUACUGCUGGUGUUGAAGUGGGGAGGGGAGCUGACCCCGGCAGGCAGAGUACAGGCUGAGGAGCUGGGGAGGGCCUUCCGCUGCAUGUACCCUGGAGGACAAGGGGACUAUGCCGGUUUCCCUGGCUGUGGUCUGCUUCGUUUACACAGUACCUACCGCCACGACCUCAAGAUCUACGCUUCAGACGAAGGCCGUGUACAGAUGACCGCUGCCGCUUUUGCGAAGGGUUUGCUGGCUCUGGAGGGGGAGCUGACUCCCAUCCUGGUGCAGAUGGUGAAGAGUGCCAACAUGAACGGCAUGCUGGACAGCGACAGUGAGUCUCUGACCGACUGCCAGCAGAGGGUGAAGGCCCGCCUCCAUGAAAUCAUGCAGAAAGACCAGGACUUCACUGAGGCAGACUACCAAAAGCUGGCCCCUACAGGCAGCCCCUCUCUGGUCAACUCCAUGAAGGUCAUAGGGAACCCAGUGAGGACGUGUGACCAGGUCUACGCCCUCAUCCAGAGACUCACCUCCCAGAUCCGCAAAAGGCUCGAGGACCCCAAAUCUGCAGACCUGCAGCUGUACCACAGUGAGACCCUUGAGCUGAUGCUGCAACGCUGGUCCAAGCUGGAAAGGGACUUCCGGAAUAAGAGCGGCCGCUACGACAUCAGUAAGAUCCCAGACAUCUACGACUGUGUGAAGUACGACACGCAGCACAACGCCACGCUGGGCCUGGAGGACACACUGGAGCUGUUCAGGCUGUCCCGUGCCCUGGCCGACAUCGUCAUACCUCAGGAGUAUGGCAUCAAUAAGCCAGAAAAGAUGGACAUUGCCCAGGCCUACUGCCUGCCCUUGAUGAAGAAGAUCCAGCUAGACCUGCAGAGGACCCACGAGGACGAGGCCGUCAACAAGCUGCACCCACUGUGGUUCAGGUACUCGCGGGGGGUCAUGUCUCCAGGGCGUCACGUCCGGACCCGCCUCUAUUUCACCAGCGAGAGCCACGUCCACUCGCUGCUCAGCAUCUUCCGCUACGGCGGACUACUGGAUGAGGUGAAGGACCAGCAGUGGAAACAGGCCAUGGAUUACCUCAGUGCCGUCUCUGAACUCAACUACAUGACUCAGAUAGUCAUCAUGCUGUAUGAGGAUAACAACAAGGACCCCGGGUCAGAGGAGCGUUUCCACGUGGAGCUCCACUUCAGUCCCGGGGUGAAGAGCUGUGAGGACGAGGAGAACGUCCCUCUGGGCUUUGGCUUCCGCCCAGCCUCCGCUGAGAACCAGGAGAAGCAGACCAACCAAGGCAGUCUGGAGGACCUAUCACAGGACGAGCCUGACCGGGCCCUGCCUCUCUCUGAGCUAAUCAGCAUCAGAAGAUCACCCAUGAUACGCAACCGCAAGACUGGCUCCAUGGAGGUCCUCUCCGAGACCUCCCCCGGCUCCUCCAAGGGCGCCUCCUACCGCCUCUUCCCCUCCUGCUCGCGCCAGUCCCCUGAGAUCAAACCGACUGGCCUAGGGUCCCUGUGCUCGGGCCUCUUCAGUGCCUCUGUCCUGGGGGUGUCCUCUAGCGCCCCCAACCUGCGGGACUACGUCCGCACCCACCACCGCAAACCCCCCCUGUCCCCCGGUUUGCCUUUUGGAGAUGAGCUGUUCUCUAUGCCGGCAGUAAAGAGAUUUUCUGUGUCGUUUGCCAGGCAUCCGACUAACGGCUUUGAAGGCUGCUCCAUGGUGCCCUCUAUCUACCCACUGGAGACGCUGCACAACUCGCUGUCCCUCAAGCAGGUGGACGAGUUCCUCAAUGCUGUGUGUGAGGACAGCAGCGACGCCCACGCUAAGACCAUGAAAGCUCUCUCUGUCUUGUUCGACACGUCAAGCCAGGGGUAUGGCCAGGCACACACCUACCCCCCACCAAAGGCCCUCUCCUCCUCAGAAACUCCUGUUCGGCCCCCCACCCACCCACUAUGCUUAAGCAGUGGCCCCCCCAGCACAGUGUCCAGUGCAGGGCCCUCCUCCCCCACCUCAGUGAACCCAUCAAACCCAGCCAUACACUUCAGCUUCAGUGAGUAGUCCGGAACCCCCUCACCCCCCACAGAGGAACCGCAGGACAACCCAACACCUGGACCUUCAGAGGAAGCCAUUAUUAAUCCAUCCAUCCACACUUUGCCUGUAAACCUCUAUGAGUGCCUUCAAACUAUUGUUAGUAAUCACAGUCGCAUACAGUGCUGGACCCUGAGGACCGUUCGUCCUAUUUUGUGGACAAAAACAAACAAAAUCCCUCAGGCGGAUUGUCUGUCCAACCAACACUGCCCCAUUUGAGCGACAGCCAGGGGAGCCUAUGGCCAGUGUCCUCGGCAGGGUAUAGACCGGCCUGAGGCUGGAUGGAAUCACUACAGCCCAUCUGUCUGUCCUUGAUUCAGACUGCCUGCUGAUGUUGUUGCUGAACAGAGACAAUGGGAGACCUCCUUUCACAGAGACGGGAGGCAGGUUCAGAAUAUUCUACACCAAUUAUUGGCAUACAGGUAUAGUUGAGCCAGUUGAUCAAAUACGGACUGCUUUCUCAGUUAUGUUGUGUGUCCCUCUUUUUAUAUUCUGUUUUGGGGUGACUGUACUUUAUGUGAUUGGGGGGGUACAAUACGAUACAACAGGAAUACUGUACACUGAGUAUACAAAAGCAUUAAGAACACCUGCUCUUUCUAUGACAGACUGACCAUGUGAAAGCUAUGAUCCCUUAUUGAUGUCACUUAAAUCCACUUGAAUCAGUGUAGAUGAAUGGGAGCAAACAGGUCAAAAAGGGAUUUGUAAACCUUGAGACAAUUGAGACAUGGAUUGUGUGUGUCAUUCAAUAUUAGGAAGGUGUUUCGUUCUGGUGUACUCAGUGUAUGUUUCCUAUCAUGUCUACACAGCAUUUUGUCACGAAAUAAUACACAACUCAUAUUUUAUAUACAUAAUUGUUUUUAUGUUUCAGUCCCAUGUGAAAUAUAUUUCAUAUCCUGAUCUCAACAUACCAAUAAUAUAAACAAUACACGUGUCUCAACACCUUACAUAAAAAUCUGUGGUAAAUUUUUUACAGUAUUUCAAGGGUAAACCACUCCAGAGGAAAAUAGCUGUGCCUUUAGCCUUCCUCAGUCUAUACUGGGUUGGGUCCUCAAACUAUUUUGAACAUUUCUGCUGUCUUGCCAAAGUUAUGUUUUUAAUGUUAAUUUAAACGAUUGUGUAUCAAAUGGUGUAAUACAUAUUAUUUGGGCAUUUGUAUUGUCCCAGUGGGGAUAAAUAUAGUUGAUUUAUGUAUUUAUGGAUAAAAAAAACAAAAACAUUUUUAGAUGGAAGGUAUGCAUUGAAUCGUUUAACAAAAACAAUGGUGUUCUUGUACAGGAAUUCUCCAAAUUGUAAAACCAAAACGUUUCUAUGGAUUCUGAAGAGAACAUGAAUGUCAUUGUAUUUGUAGUUGGUAUGUAGUAGUCUAUGCUAUUUCAAGGAUGCUCUCAACUGCACUAAUGUAAAACUAGCACUGCUGAAUCUGUAGAACAAAGCUUUAUUUUUUCAUUAGAGUUUUCUUCACAUUGUUUUUCUUGAUAGUAAUGAUUUAUUUAAUGACUGGUGUUUAUAGGUGAAAUUAGGACUCUUUUUUUUGGUGGUUAUUUAAUGUGCCAUGUAAUAUCAGCCAAAGAUAGUUGAUGCUGUAUAGAAUCCUCUCCUUAGACAUUGUCUUAUUAAGGUCUACCAAUAAAACACCAAGGUUGUUUUAUUAAAAGUAAUAUCUGAUUUCUGAAGGUUGUGGUUCUUCAUUAGUCUCAGGCAAUAAAAAAAUAUAUUUUAACAAGUCUAAUAGGGGCACAAUUGGUGUGGCCAGGUUCACUAUUACAGUAUAGUAUGAUAUGCUCGCGACUCAGUGGCACCACACAUUGGAUCAAAGACGAUCGUUUGCUUCAAUUAGUUUAAGUUGAGUGGAUAGUGAAUGACGGGAGAGAAACAGAUCUUUUAACAAGCCUUCAUUGUACAGUUCAGCAAUGCCCAUACCGAGCUUGAAUGCGACAUCACAGAAUAAAUAGAAAGAUACGAAA